AUGAUCUUCAGCACCAAGUCCGUCCUCUUCUUCCUCGCCGCUCUGGCGACGGCCAACGCAGCCGUCCUCCCCGGACGGGACAACGUCCUGGACGCGCGUGCCACGGCCCAGGACAUCAAGGGCUGCUACUCGGGCGCAUUCACUUGCGCAAACGCCUGCAACGAGGUGCUGACCAACGAGGGCUACGAGUGCCUCAAGCACGAGGGCGGUGACGACAUCUGCUGUGUGAAGCUGUAA